AUGGGAAAGAUCAUCUUCUACGAGGACAGGAACUUCCAGGGCCGCUCUUAUGAGUGCAGCUCCGACUGUUCUGACCUCCACUCUUUCUUCAACCGUUGCAACUCCAUCCGCGUGGAAAAUGGAAACUGGAUGCUUUAUGAGAAUCCCAACUUCACCGGACACCAGUAUUUCCUGAGGAGGGGAGAAUAUCCUGACUUCCAACAGUGGAUGGGAUUUAAUGAUUCCAUUAGGUCUUGUCGCAUCAUCCCUCAGUAUCGUGGAUCAUUUAGGCUCAGGAUUUAUGAAAGGGAAGAAUUUAGAGGUCAGAUGAUGGAGUUCACUGAAGAUUGUCCUCAAGUCCAUGAAGAAUUCAACUACCAUGACAUCCACUCCUGCAAUGUCCUUGAAGGACACUGGAUCUUUUAUGAGCAACCCAACUACAGGGGACGUCAGUACUACCUGAGACCUGGCGAGUACAGAAGAUACACUGAAUGGGGAGCAGUUACACCUAGAGUUGGUUCUUUCAGAAGAGUCCAGGAAAUGUUUUGAAGGCAGCAUUGCUGUUGUGAUAAUUCAUGCAUAAUAUCAAAAUAAAGUAUACUAA